AUGUCGGCCAUUUUAGCCCAGUCUGUGGCAAGCAGUGUGCGAGAAGACAGAAUUGAUUUUUUGCUAUCACAUUCUUCUCCCUCCCUGAAAUCAUUUUGUCAACGGCAAAGAACAAUGAAUAACAAGAUGGUUCUAAUGGGUGACGUACAGGGCAAUUUAUCUGUACCGGCAGUGAUAGCGGAAAUGAUGCUAAAUGUCGAUCCAAAUAUGACGUACCUAGCAAUGUCGCCAGAAGAACAGAUAAUGUUCCUAGAAUCUUUAGAAACACAGCUGGAAAACCAACAUCUACAGCACGAAAUAGUUCUGAUGGAGCUGGUCGAAUAUCGAGUCCAUAAAGUUAUCAGUUUAUAUAUUCCACCUAUUCUACUUAUUAUGGGAACAUUCGGAAACAUGUUUUCAUUUCUUAUUUUGCGAAACAAAACAAUGACAAGACAGUCAACCAAUUCCUUUCUGUCGGCUUUAGCUCUGGCAGAUUCGGUUGUUCUGUUUGUUGGUCUUCUGAAAAAUUGGAUCGGGGAGAUGUCAGGGUUAGAUAUACAAAAUCAAGCUGACUGGUUAUGUAAGCUGACAUCCCUGCUCAUCUACAGCAGCAGUCAUUUUUCAGUUUGGUUAAUUAUUGCUGUUACUAUUGAACGAUAUAUCGCUGUGAGCCAGCCACUUCAUGCAUCGAGAUACUGUAAGCUAUCAAGAGCAAAGCGUGUUAUAGCACUGUUGACUCCUCUUUCAAAAUAA